UGGCCCGGGGAGCCUUUCCGGAUCAAAGUCUGGGGGACGCGGCCGGGUGGGCGCGAGGGUCUCUUUGGUCCGCGGCUCACGUGUGCACCGCGCGUCUUUGGUUCCGGAACUGGGAGCUUCACGUGAUGCGCGCUGGCCUGGCAGUCCUUCCUGAGAGAGGCGGGCAGGCGGGUCGCGGCUUGCAAGUCCCCGGGUUCCUUGGAGAUCCUUCAAAGUAUGGAUGAUGACCCACUUCUGGACACCCAGCCUCUCCCAUACCACUCCUUACAUGCUCACUUUAGACCCAGAUUCCACCCUCUUCCUACCGUCAUCAUAGCGAAUCUUCUGUUGUUUAUACAUGUUGUGUUUGUUACUUUAGCGUUUUUAACAGGCGUGCUUUGUUCGUACCCUAAUCCAAAUGAAGACAAGUGUCCAGAAAACUAUACCAACCCACUGAAAGUUCAGACAGUCAUAAUCCUUGGGAAAGUUAGCCUGUGGAUUCUGCAUUUGCUUCUUGACCGCUACAUUCAGUAUCACCACAGCAAAGUCCGAAGCCAUGGCUAUUCCCAGAUCUACCGGUCUACAAGGCAUCUCAAAACACUCCCCCUCAUGGUCCACUCUUCUGGCAACACGGCACUGCUCCUCCUCCUCUGUGUACAGCAUUCCUUCCCUGGGCCCGGCAGGCUGUACCUGGAGCUGCUGCUGGCCGUCCUGGCCCUGGAGCUGAUCUGCUCCCUGAGCUGUCUGCUGCUGUAUGCAGUGAAAGUUAGGAGAUUCAAUAGAGCCAAACCACAGCCUGACGUACUUGAAGAAGAAAAAAUCUCUGCUUACCCCAGCAAUACAGCCUCUGAGACUGGCUUCAGGACUAUUUCAAGCCUAGAAGAAAUUGUUGAAAAGCAGGGAGACAUAAUAGCUUACCUGAAACGACACAAUGCCCUCCUGAGUAAGCGGUUGUUGGACUUGGCCUCUCAGCCAGCUAGAACAUGAGAGUCUCCUGGGCAUGGCAGUCACUUCAGACUGCCUGGCUGCCACGGACAGGACCUGUGGCCUUUGCCAAAGUCGCAGUGUGCGCUGGAAACAUGAGCCCCUGGGUGGUUAAAGCAGUCUGGAAAACUUGAGAGAAUGUUUGAAAUAAUUUAACUUCUUGACUUUUCUGGAAUCCAAGCUGUAGUUUAAGAACCCUGGAAUAAUUUGGCUGUUUGAAAAGCAAGUGUGACAUGACAAUUUUCUGUAUACAUGGUUUCAAAACCAGUGAGAUCUUGCCAAAGUUAAGCUGCUGAGAGAAGGCAUUAUUUCCUGUGGUUGAUGUUGGCUUCCGAAGAGGCUCCCAUGCAUUUUAUAUGUGUGUGGCGUAUUGGACAAGAGAAAAGUCAAAUAACUUGGGUUUUUGUUUGCUUGCUUUUUUUCAGGUGCUGGGGGUCAAACCCAGGUGCCUCACAUAUAAGAAGCAAAUACUCUGCCAUUGAGUCAGUUUUUACAAAGAGUUUCCUUCAACCACACCUGUAAUCCCAGCACCCGAAGAGCUGAGGCAGGGGGAUCACCACUAGCCUGAGGUCAGCCCAUUGCCCAGUCCAUAGAAUGAGACCUUGCUCCAAAAGCACAAAACAGUUUCCUCAUUAUAGGACCGAUCUCACAGGACAUACGCUGUGCAAGUUCUGCAGUGUGUUGUCUGAAAUAUAAUGCCAAGAAAUCCUGGGGCAAUGGGAGCCCAAGUGGGGACGCCUGUAACAUGGUGAAACCUUCCAUGGGCCAGAGUUGAGAGGCUCAGGAAAUAAUCUGCUACCUUCACUUUAGUUUUGCCCUUCUUCAAGGAGCUGCCAUGUAUCUCUGUAUUACACUUUGAUUUAACCAGUGCAUUUAAGUAGCUGAGCACGGUGGCUCACACCGGUCAUCCUACUACUUGCGAGGCAGACAUAGGAAGGUCAAGACUAACCAGGUCCACAGAAUGAGUUUCAGGCCAGCCAGAGCUACAAAGAGAUCCUGUCCCAUGC